AACAGAGUUAAUCAUGUCUGGACGAGGCAAAGGUGGCAAAGUUAGAGCUAAGGCCAAGACCAGGUCAUCCAGGGCUGGACUGCAGUUUCCAGUAGGUCGUGUCCACAGGCUGCUGCGUAAAGGCAACUAUGCUGAGCGCGUUGGUGCUGGCGCCCCGGUCUACCUGGCGGCUGUGCUGGAGUACCUGACUGCUGAGAUCUUGGAGUUGGCGGGAAACGCAGCCCGCGACAAUAAGAAGACCAGGAUCAUCCCCCGCCAUUUGCAGUUGGCGGUCCGGAACGACGAGGAGCUCAACAAACUCCUCGGCGGAGUGACUAUUGCUCAAGGUGGUGUCUUGCCUAACAUCCAGGCUGUGCUUCUGCCUAAGAAAACCGAGAAGCCUGCCAAGAAGUAAGAUGGACUCCUGAGAUCAUCAACACUACCAUCACGGCUCUUUUAAGAGCCACUCACUCCUCAAAGAGUUCACUUCUCAACCAUCAUGAUAACUGAAGUAAUGUUGAUGGGAUAAGUACGUAGUCAAUUCGGCAUCCGCUUUUGUAGCAUGACCUGUACAGGUUUGUCUGUUGUGAUAGUGAACAGACUGGAAACACUGCAUUGUGAACAUAUACUUGGCACACUCUUAUGCCAUUAAUUGUGCUAAAAGACCAGAUUUGUUAUGUUUCCCGAAGACAACCGUGAUUAAAAAUGCAGGUUUAUAACACUGGUUUAAAAGCUGAUAGGGUGAAUCAGGGAUGAUUUAGGUUAUG